AAGUGUGGGGGGCGUGUCUGUUGUCAAGGGUCAUGUGACCAUGUAAAGUCAUGUCACUAGUAUAAAUCCUCUGUCAGACACGUACAGCUUCUUUCCCAGCGUUUCUAACGGAGCACUUCUAUCCGGUUUGGUCUGGCUGUUACGUGAGUCAUGGCAGACCAGGCUUUUGUCACCCUUGCUACAACUGACAAAUAUGCCAAAGGAGCAAUGGUACUUGGCAAGUCCUUGAGGAACCACAACACAUCAAGGAAACUAGUGGCCCUGAUUGGCCCCCAUGUCUCAGAACCCUCCAGAGCAGUGCUUCGUAAAGUCUAUGAUGAGGUCAGGCUGGUGGAUGUGCUGGACAGUGGGGAUGCUGCACACUUGGCCAUGAUGAAAAGACCUGACCUGGGCGUCACCUUUACCAAACUCCACUGCUGGACUCUUACAGAAUACUCCAAAUGCGUGUUUAUGGAUGCAGAUACUCUAGUUUUGUCUAACAUAGAUGAGUUAUUUGAGCGAGAGGAGCUCUCUGCUGCACCAGAUCCCGGCUGGCCUGAUUGCUUCAACUCUGGUGUGUUCGUCUUCCGCCCCUCCAAUGAGACGUAUGGGAAGCUUCUCACCUACUGCUCAGAGAAUGGCAGCUUUGAUGGUGGGGAUCAGGGUGUUCUCAACAGCUUCUUCAGUGAUUGGGCAACGGCAGACAUUUCAAAACACCUUCCUUUCAUCUACAACCUAAGCAGCAUCGCCAUCUACACCUAUCUCCCAGCAUUCAAGCAAUACGGCCGUGAUGCCAAGGUUGUUCAUUUCCUUGGCAAAGUCAAACCAUGGGAUUACAGUUAUGACACCACAAGUAAAACAAUAAAGGGACAGUCCCAGGAUGCUUCUGACAUGCACCCCAACUACAUGAUACAAUGGUGGGAGCUUUUCUGUUCUUCAGUAUUGCCCCUCAUGAAGGAGGAAUAUGGUGACCAGCCCUUCCUUUCCGGAUGCACAGAGAGUGAUAUUCACGUUGAUGUGGCUGAGAUGCACAUAUCCCAUCAUCCCCCUCCACCUCCGAUGUCAUCUCAGGAGCGGAAACAGAAAUGGGAACAGGGCCAAGCUGACUACAUGGGAGUGGACUCUUUUGACAACAUAGAGAAAAGGCUAGAUUCCUUCCUAAAGUGAGAGGCACUUGGGAACAGAUCAUUAGUUUUGUACUGGGGUAUGUACAGGACAUAAAAUAACAUAAAAAAUAAAAAAAAACACCUAUGAUUUUUAUACCAGUCCAGGGUAGCGUUUCCCAAAAGCACUGUAUGCCCAAGUUGAUCGUAGCUCCAUUGGUGGCAAUGGAACUACAAUCGACUUAAGCUUACGAUGCUUUUGGGAAACACUGCCCAGAUCAUCUAUGCAGCUCAACUACUCAAUCUCUUACACACUGUGAUUGCAACAGUUAUUCGAAUGACGCAAUGUCACUUGCCUCAUUUCCAGAGAAGACGUGACACAAUUCAGGCAUUGUUUCUGAUCUCACUUAACAAGACACUAGUUGUCUUUUUAUUAUUCAAGAUACCGUAAUAUAAAUAGUCUUACAACCUUACAGGCUUUACCUCUUAUUUGCCUUUCAUGUGUUUGUGAAGAUCAGAAACAUUUAUGGAAAAAAAUGAGAAACAUACAGCAAACAAAACAAUACCAAACCUUGUAAAUGACUUCAGCAUCCCAGAUAUACUGUACACCACUCCACAUUCAAUAUUAAACAUCUAAUGACCGCCUUUGCAAGUGUUUACAAGACACAUUGUGUGCUGCCAACUCGCUUAAAUCAUCAUUACGAGCUCUGAUAAACUUCAACUUAUUGUAUGAACCAUGGUCACUCCGCUCUUGCCUACUGGGUAGUCACUUGCUGUAGCAGGGAUAAGGCACAAGGGUUUUGCAACACUUAGUUACUACUGUUAAUGCUGUAACUGUAGAUAACUAGUUUGUAACUUGCCUGUAACUCUGCCACCCACCUGUAACACCUGAAAUAAAGAACCAGUAACACAA